UAGGGCGAGUCAUAUGACCCGCUGGGCUUCCUGGCUCUGGCCGUCGCAGCCGCCUGCUUGUGUCCGCCCGAGUCGCGCCGGGGGGCCCGCCGAGGAGCCGUUGGCGGGUUCGGGGCCGAUAUCCGCUCGUGGGAAGCAGUGUCCGCCGUCGUCCGCGCCCGUCCCCGCUCGCUGCCGGCCGCCGCCAUGCUGGCGCUCAUCUCCCGCCUGCUGGACUGGUUCCGUUCGCUCUUCUGGAAGGAGGAGAUGGAACUGACGCUCGUGGGGCUGCAGUACUCGGGCAAGACCACCUUCGUCAAUGUCAUCGCGUCAGGUCAAUUCAGUGAAGAUAUGAUACCCACAGUGGGCUUCAACAUGAGGAAAGUAACUAAAGGUAACGUCACAAUAAAGAUCUGGGACAUAGGAGGACAACCUCGGUUCCGGAGCAUGUGGGAACGGUAUUGCAGAGGAGUCAAUGCUAUUGUUUACAUGAUAGAUGCCGCAGAUCGUGAAAAGAUAGAAGCCUCUCGAAAUGAACUCCAUAAUCUUCUAGAUAAACCACAGCUACAAGGAAUUCCGGUACUAGUACUUGGAAACAAGAGAGAUCUCCCAAAUGCCUUGGAUGAGAAACAGCUAAUUGAAAAAAUGAAUCUGUCUGCUAUUCAGGAUAGAGAAAUUUGCUGCUAUUCAAUUUCUUGCAAAGAAAAGGAUAAUAUAGAUAUCACACUUCAGUGGCUUAUUCAACACUCAAAAUCCCGAAGAAGCUGAGACAUCCUCUGGCGUCUUCCAGUCCUUCUUGGCUAUAAUCCUAGAACUACUGUCCGUUCCUCUGAAGUACUUCCCAGAACAUGGUCCUUCCUAAACCCAAGAAAUUGCCUUUCUCAGAGUUUCUUUCUCAUGUGCACUGCUAAAGAUGUCUAUUCCUAUUCUUCAUAACAAAUCGGCUGGAGUUGUCAUGAUAAAGUCAGCACACACUAAAAGGCCUCACACACUUGUCUAAUGUGGAGAGGUCCUCUUUCCUUUCUUUUUUAAAAAACACCCACAUUUUGACCAUCUUAAAGUUAAGAAAAUUGCAUAUUACCCUUCUGGUCUUUCUGGGCCAGAUUUUUGUAUUGAUUUUCAGUAAAUGUCUACCUAUUUCAUUACAGAGUCCAGUAUCUUAUACUGGUACUGACUUGAUGCAGCAUGGAAUUCCUAGUGCCACACACAGUAUUUAGAAAAACUUCAAGCCUGACUCGUGGGAUAUAAACAUGUUUAUCUCCUCCCACACAUGCAUGUGAAAUGUAGAGUUACACUGUAGGAAUAAUUGGUCUGCCAAGAGUUAGCAGAGGUGCCAGGUCAGCACAGUGGGCUCCUUACACUGGAGACUUCAUACCUGGUAAAUUUUAAACAUUCUGCUUUUUGGGACUCCUUUGUCACCAGAUCCAUUUGGGGAGAUGGGAAGAGUUACAACAUGCUCUUUUGUAUCUAUCCAGAUCAUUAGUUUUCUUCCCCCUUUUAACACACUUUUUUAAAGGGAUGGGAAUUGAAGAUUUUUUCAAAAGCUUUCAUGAAUUUAGAGCAUUCCAGCUCGUGUAAUAAACCCGUUAAGCGUGUCUGACUUUGUAAACACAUGUCUGUUCUUUGUCUCCAGACAUCCGCCCUGUGCUACUGCAUGACACCCGUAACUCCUGACUCUUUAUAUCUAGUCAUGAAGUUGACUUUCAGCACAAAGGAUACUUAGAAACAAAUUCUUAUUUUUUCUUACCAAUGUGAGGCUUGGCACUCUUUUCACUGGUGCCACUAGGCUUCUUGAUUGUGACAACUCUAGACCUGCCUGCUUAAUCUAAUCAUGCGCAAUGUCUACAGGUUGUUUAAUGAUUGGCCACGCAGAGAACCGAGGAACCAAUGCUGUUUAUUGUUUGCUUCUAUGAUACAGAACUGUACAAAAACUUACAUUGAACAUAUUUUGUAGCUUAGCUAUCUCCACUUACAUAAAGGGACAUAUUAAUACUGGUUCAUUUGUAAGUUGUUACUCAUGCUGAUGUAGUGAUAAAACCCUGUGGUUACACCUGCUUCUGUAUUGCCUCACACUGUGUGUGACUUGUCUCUUCUGUUAAGCAGCACUAUGUCGGCAGUACAUACUCAGAUAUGUUGAGCACUCCAAGUGUAGUCAACAGUAAGUUCUUUUAAUGAAUACCGUUUAAUUUAUAGACUGCCACGGCCUUAAAAAUAUUCUGUACAAAUAACUGCACUGUGUUGCACAGACACUACUUGUUUUCUUCAUUCAUAUUUUUAUUGAGUAGAAUCUGGGCUUUACAGUUCUCAUUUUAUUCAUGGAAGCAUGUUGCACUCUUCCCAGAGGAUGGGAUGGGUGGUUUGAAGGAAGGGAUGUUUAAACUUGCUCAUGUAGCCCAACAAUGGUCACUGUGAACCAUUUUAAAGAAUGUGGCAACUUGCUUGUGCCUAAGUGGAGGGAUUGGAAUCAGAAUGUGUAACUAAGUGGUACUGCAUAGGUUUUUGUUAAUUGACCUAUAGCUAAACCUUAAAAUGUUUGUGUGUCUUUUCAUUGCUUUGCAGCAUUUCAGGACAUCUAAAAGCUACUACCAACAUUUUCCUGUGCAUAACCUCUGCAUGUGAAAACCUAACAGUUACUGAACUUUGUAAAUACGUAAAUUUUUUUAUUUAGGCGUGGAUGCAUUUUUCAUCUGUUGACUGCUCUUCUCAGCUUUAUUCAAUAAACUUGCAUUUUGAGGGUUGCAUUGACAGUUUUACCUUAAAAUGUGCAUCCUGAUGAAGGUGCAGUUCUUGGGAAUGGAGUGGAGAGAGAAUUACUUGAGAAGGGCUCCACAGGCCACGUGCUGGAAAGAAGCUGUCGUCUCACUUGUCAGAGGAUCCGGUUCGUGGGAUGAACUCAGAAUAAAAUUUUACAGUAUCUACCUAAUUGGUACUUGUUGAAAGAGGAUUCUAUUAGUAAUAAACAGUAGUGGCACUUUGUGGGUGAGCACUGAGGAUCGAGCCUCAUCAGUGCUAGGUAGGCACUCUGAUACCACCCAGCCAAUACCCUUUCUCUUCUACCCACAAAUUUAGGACUUUUCGGUGGUAGGCUAGUGAGGAAUUUUAUUAUUCAGUUUAUCUAAAAAACUUAUAUUGCCAGGAUUUGAAUCUAGGCUCUUGUGUAUUCUAGGAAAGCCCUCAACCACAGAGCUACAUCCCAGCCUUACAAAAAAAUAAAAAUAAAAA